CAGGUUUACACCCUUGUAGUUUAACUUGAUGUACCUCUGCUAAACCUAUCCAAUAUCAACCUGUUCAAGGCAACUGAACUGUUACCACUUAACUGGUUAUUCUUUUCUUGAUUGCUAUUUUCAGAACUUCAUCUGGAGAUUGGCUGCAACCAACACAAAUGGCAACACAAGCUCAAGGUCUGAGUAAAGAUCACAGUUUUAAUGAUCUUUUCAAAGGGCCUUUUGUUGGAGGAGAAUGCAAUGCCUCUGGAGCCCAGAAAGAAAUUAAGCUUGGAAGCAGGAAAGCACUAACUGAUGUUACAAACUCAGGGAAGCUGUUUCUACAUCAGGCAUCAAAGAAGAACAAUUCCAAGAAUUUGAGUGCUACUAGAGGAAGCAUCAAUUUGUCCAAACCCUUGUUUUCUGAUGGAAGAACGACCUGUGUGUCUAAAGUGCAGGAAGAAGUAGGGGUUGGGGGUAGGAAAGCACUUACUGAUGUCACCAAUUCAAAGAAAGAUAAUAAGAGAUUGAGUGUUAAUGGAGGACGCAGCAUUGUCUCAAAACACUCGUCUUCUGUUGGGGUAAAGAGCAACGACUGUAAAGCAGAGGAGAAAGUAGGGCUUGGUUGUAGGAAAGUGCUUAGUGACAAUGGGAACUUAAGGAAGCCAUCUCUGCAUCAACCAUUAAAGAAGACAUAUUCCAACAAGUUAGAUGUUAUUGCAGAGGAACAGUGCUUGCAUGAUCAUCAAGAGUGCAUCAAUUCACAAAGAAGGGCAAUGGAUAUGCAUUUGCUUUCAAUGAUGACACCUGGACUUGAUUCUGAGUUUUCAAUGGAGAUAACAUCUCCAGGUGGGGUUUCAUUUCCGAAGCAAUCAAAGGUUGAGAGUCCCCCCAGAUACCCGGAGUUGGAAGAGAUACCUGUGCUAGAUGAAUGUCUGUCUCCUUUGCAAUGCUGGAGCUGGACACCUAAAUCUCUGAAGACAUCUACAUAUCGGACUGGCUAUCCUUCUCCUAAUCUGAUGUUGAAGGGAACACCGGAAUUGUCCAAGUGUUGAACACCCCCUCCACUCC